CCACCCUUCUCUCUCAUACAGGAAGCUGGAUUACUAACCAGCUAGCUGUCAACAAAGGGCAAAACUGUGCGAAAUCACCAGAUCCAUGUAGAAGUCGGCUGCGUUGCCGACUCCGGGUCCCUUCUUCUAAACGGCAUUUGGCUGCGCCGGAAACUGGAUUAUGAACAUGGCGACGACCGCUCAACUGUUCGAGGAGCCCUUUGAUGCAGAUGAGUACAUUGAAAGGUUGGCGUGGAGGACUCCUGGAGGAGGCUCCAAAGGAGGACCAGAGGCAUUUGACCCCAAAAGGCUCCUGGAAGAGUUCGAGAACCACAUCGAGGAGCUGAAGCAGCUGGACGAGAAGAUCCAGCGGAGGGUGGAGAAGCUGGAGCAUCAGUGCCAUCGUGAGGCCAAGGAAUUUGCCCACAAAGUGCAAGACUUACAAAGAAGCAACCAGGUGGCCUUUCAGCAUUUCCAGGAGCUCGAUGAGCACAUCAGCUACGUGGCCACCAAGGUUUGCCACCUUGGCGACCAGCUGGAGGGGGUGAACACUCCUCGCCAGAGGGCCGUGGAAGCUCAGCGUCUCAUGACCUAUUUCAACGAGUUCUUGGACGGAGACCUACGCAGUGAUGUCUUCAAUAAUCCAGACAAGAUUAAGGAAGCUGCUGAUAUAAUUCAGAAGCUGCAUCUCAUUGCCCAGGAGCUGCCAUUCGACAGAUUUGCAGAUGUCAAGGCAAAAAUAGCAAGUAAAUACCAUGAUCUGGAGCGGCAGCUAAUCCAGGAGUUCACCGCAGCCCAACGCAGGGGUGAGAUCGGACGUAUGCGGGAGGUUGCAGCAGUUCUAUUACAUUUCAAGGGCUAUGCACACUGUGUGGACGUCUACAUCAAGCAAUGCCAGGAGGGUGCCUACAUCAGGAAUGAUGUGUUUGAAGACACUGCGGCCCUCUGUCAGAGGGUCAACAAGCAGGUGGGCGAGGUCUUCAGCAGUCCAGAAACUGUCAUGGCCAAACUCAUCCAGAACAUAUUCGAGAACAAACUGCAGGCACAUGUCAAGGGAAAACUGGAUGAGACUCGACACUCUGAUGUGGAACAGUACCUCAAGAACCUCUACGAACUUUACACCAAGACCACAUCAUUAGCCACCAAGCUGACAGAGUUCAACCUGGGCUCAGACAAGCAUACGUUCCUUUCCAAGCUGAUAAAGAGCAUCUUUUCUUCAUACCUGGAGAGUUAUAUUAGCAUGGAGAGGGAAUACCUCCGCACUCGAGGUGCCAUGCUUCUGCAGAGAUACUACGACUCCAAGAACCACCAGAAACGUCCAAUUGGCACCGGCAGUAUUCAAGAGCUGAAGGAACGGAUCAGACUGCGCACCAACCUUUCGCUGGGCCCCGUCAUUGACACCCAUGGGGAGACCUUUCUAUCCGCGAACCUGGUUGUCAAUUUGUUGCAGGAAACGCGGCAGGCCUUUGAGAGGUGUCACAGGCUUUCAGAUCCUUCUGACCUGCCCAAGAAUGCCUUCUCAAUCUUCCUGCUGCUGGUUGACCAUCUGUGUGUGGAGCACAUUGACUAUGCCCUGGAGAUCGGGCUCUCAGCUAUUCCCUCAGCCGAUGCCAAGAAUGCCAACCUGUACUUCCUGGAUGUGGUUCAGCAGGCGAACUCUAUCUUCCACUUGUUUGAUAAGCAGUUUAAUGACCAGCUCAUGCCUCUGAUAAGCUCGUCUCCAAAGUUAGCAGAAUGUUUGCACAAGAAGAAAGAGGUGAUAGAGCAGAUGGAAGUGAAGCUGGACACGGGAAUCGACAGAACACUCAACUGCAUGGUGGGUCAGAUGAAGCACAUCUUGGCAGCAGAGCAGAAGAAGACUGAUUUCAGGCCCGAGGACGAGAACAACGUCAUGAUCCAGUACACUACAGCCUGCCCCAAGGUGUGUGCCUACGUCAGCAGGCAGGUGGAGCACGUGCGGAAGUCCAUGGAUGGGAAAAAUGUGGACACGGUGCUGACGGAGUUGGGCGUCCGUUUCCACCGGCUCAUCCACGAGCAUCUACAGCAAUACAGCUACAGCUCAAUGGGAGGCAUGCUGGCCAUCUGCGACGUGGCUGAAUACCGACGAUGUGCCAAGGACUUCAAGGUCCCUCUGGUGCUGCAGCUCUUUGACACACUCCACGCCCUCUGCAACCUGCUGGUGGUUGCCCCUGACAACCUGAAGCAGGUGUGUUCGGGUGAGCAGCUCACCAACCUGGACAGGAACCUCUUGCACGCCUUCGUCCAGCUCCGAGUGGACUACCGUUCAGCCAGACUGGGCCGACACUUCAGUUAGUGACUGACCUGACGCGUCGCUCUGCUCCGUCCAGUAAAUUGCGCUUUGUUGAGAUGAUGCACCUUCCAGAUACCAUUUCGGCGAAUGCAUCAGUCUGGCCCCAGCACACAGACUAAACUGGGAAUGCUUUGUGCAUCUUGGAAACCAAGGCCCCUGAAUGUGGGAAAUGUGCAUUUUACCUUCUUUUUUCUGGUUAUUUUCUCCAAGCGGAAGAAAUUUAAAUGUCUAUUGACUUAGGAUUUUGUUUGUUUUUAAAUACUAAUCCAUUACCAAUCCAUGUGGCAAAGAUAUUAUUACAAGUAAAUGGACAAUAUUGAUUUCUGUGCUUAUGUUUAAAAAAAAAAAAAUUUUUUUUUGAUUGUGCCAAAUAUAUAAAUUCUGUGGCUGCAUUUGUGCAGAAUAGACCCUGAAGCUGCUUUAAAGGGAGACUGUCAGACAUCAGGCCUUCAGUAGCAGUGCAUAUUGGAAACAGCUUCCCCCCCUGUAAUGAACUGUAGGAGACUUGACACCGCCCGACCAAGCAUGAGAUGGAGCUCUGUCUGGCUGAGAGAGACACAUGACCACCUCUGUAACCUUUGACCCUUGACCACAAAGUAGAGGUCAAGAGGCCAUCACAGAGAAGUGUGAUCUGAACAAUAAACAGGUCGGGGAACCUCUCUGGAGGUUUGGGUGGUCCCCUCAUGGGUCACCAAGUAUGUGUCACUGUAAUUGCACAGAUCAACACUUGCUCAUCCAGUGGUGUGCACAGUCCAAAGACAUUGUUGGCCUGAUCUGCAGUGUUUCUGGGUCAGGGGACGUUGAAAAGCUGACCUCUGAUGAUUAGGGAAACAAACUAGAAGGGACUUCUUCACACAGGGCUUAAUGGAGGUCCACAUCAAUUAUCUCCCGGAGUAGGAAGAAACGCCGCGUCCCCGAUGCCUGAAACUGUCUCCUUACACACUGUACUGCUGUUUACCUUGAUUUAGCAACUCAAUAAAAAAAAAAGAAGAUGCAUUUUA